AUGGUAUUAGGCUUCUCACGAAAUAAGGAUGCUUCUGCAUCUGAAGAAUUAUGUAGUAAAAAAGUGAGACCAAAAGUCCCACUUGAGCAAAACAGCAAAUUGGUGCCAAUACAGCCUGAAGAAACAAAAGUUUCGCAUGAUUAUAUAGUCGCCCAAAAUUUUAUUCAAGAAGUGUCUUCAGAGUUCACAGAUGAGAAAACCAUCAAAGUCAUUGAUGUACUUACUACCAAUAUGACAAUAGAAGUUGAGCUAGCUCAUUUGUUUCUAAAAGUAAAUGAAAAAGUGAGACCAAAAGUCCCACUUGAGCAUGUAUCUAAUACAGAUUCUACUAAUAUUAUCAGCAGAGCUGACAUGACCAAGAAGACCUCAUCGAUAGCUCAAGCAAGUGCACCAUCUAUAUUUGAACCAGAAGUCAAUGUAAGUAUAUCUCCUGUUUCUGUCAAUUCAAAAACCAAGAUAAGUGUGGGUCUACGUCUAAAACUGGAAAAAAAGCUUUAUCCAAGAAGACUCUAUCUGAAAAGCAAAAUAAUCUAG